CGCGGCGCCGCGAUGGACCUGGAGGAGGCGAAAGAAUUCAAAGAAAGAUGCACUCAGUGUGCUGCUGUCUCUUGGGGUCUUACUGAUGAAGGCAAAUAUUACUGCACUUCUUGCCACAACGUUACAGAAAGAUCAAAGGAAGUCAUAAACACUGGGGCUAUUCCUAAUACGAAAAUACAAGCCAUCAACCGGGGACUUAAAAGAAAAAGAAAACUUGAGAGAGGCUGGGAUUGGUAUGUGUGUGAAGGUUUUCAACACAUACUUUAUCAACAAGCGGAAGCCUUAAAGACCCUUGGAGUGGGCCCAGAACUAAAGAAUGAAGUUUUACAUAAUUUUUGGAAGCGCUACCUUCAGAAGAGCAAGCAGGCCUAUUGUAAAAACCCAGUUUGUAGAAGAAAAGUUACGGUAUUAGAAGAUAACCAAAGUCAUUCAGACUGGGAUAGCGAGCCUGAGCUGCUGAGUGACUUCAGCUGCCCUUCUUUUGUUGAAAGUGGAACAGAGCCUCAGCCUGAUGGUCUUGCUCAGAAGCCUUUCCCCAUCAGCAAAGCAUCACAAUCAGAAACAGCAUCCAUCUGUUCUGGAUCUCUCGACGGAGUGGAAUAUUCGCUACGAAAGGAGAAGGGGAUCGUGAAGAUGACGGUGCCGAGGACACUUGCCUUCUGCUACCUGUCACUGCUGUGGCAGAGAGAGACAGUUACUCUCUCAGAGCUUUUGAGAUUUGUUGAAGAGGGACACAUUCCUUACAUAAAUGCUUUUCAGCAUUUUCCAGAAGAGAUGAAAUUAUAUGGGCGUGACAAAGGAAUCUUUGCUAUAGAGUCUUGGCCUACCUAUGAGGAUAUCUAUAAAAAGAUGAUUGAAAUUGCCAAAUUCUUAGAUCUGCCACGUUUUCCAGACAUAACUGAAGACUGCUAUCUUCAUCCAAACAUCUUGUGUAUGAAAUACUUGAUGGAAGUCAAUCUCCCUGAUGAAAUGAAUGAUUUAACCUGCCAAGUGGUAAAAAUGACUGGAGUAGGAGAAGUGGAUUUUCUGACAUUUGACCCCAUAGCUAACAUGGCAAAAACUGUUAAAUAUGAUGUACAAGCUGUCGCCGUUAUUGUAGUCGUAUUGAAACUGCUCUUUUUAUUGGAUGACAAUUUAGAAUGGUCUUUGUCUAAUACUGCUGAGAAAUAUAAUGAAAACAACAAAGAAGAUAAGCCAUGGUUUGAUUUCAGAAAAUGGUACCAAGUUAUGAAGAAAUCUAUUGAUGAGAAAAAACAAGAAUGGGAGGAAGCCAGGGCAAAGUAUCUGUGGAAAAGCGAAAAGCCACUCUACCACUCAUCCAUUGACAGAGCAGUGGCAUUUAAAAGACGAGAAAUGGUGGUGGAUCUACAAAAACAAUUUAGCACAUUGGUUGAUUCAACACCAACUGUUGGAAGAAAAAAGCCUUCGAGUUUUCAGUUCAACUGGGCAGAAGGAGACGCGGCCAGAACCUGUUUCCACGGACACAGCCUCCAGGGGAUCCUGAAGAACAAAGGCCAGUCGCUGACAACCAAGAACUCACUCUACUGGCUAAGUACACAGAAAUUCUGUAGAAGCUAUUGUAAACAUGUGACGACCUAUGAAGAAUCAAAUUUUUCUCUGAGUUAUCAGUUUAUAAUAAACCUCUUCGCCUUCCUGCUAAGAAUAAAGACCUCUUUUCUCCAUGAAGAAGUGAGCUUAAUUGAAAAGAGACUUUUCAAAACAAAAUACAGUAAAACGAAAAAGAAAUCUUCAAGAUCCAGGAAAGGGAGAAAAUACUGA